CUUUUUAGUAUGCUACUUGAUUAAGUUCCAUUUCUCUAUAAAUUGAAAUGCGAGUUGCAUUUUCAACACAUAUCUUCAAAUAACUCUCAUUGAGUCAUACCAUUAAUAAGUACGAUAAAAGAUGGAUUCAAGAUUCAACGAUACCGUUCAUUCCUUGAGGUAUACUGAUGAAAAGAGUGACGAUGAGUAUGCAUUUGUGAAAGCUUUACGUAUGAGUGGUGGAGUUGGAGCCAACAGUUACUCCGCCAAUUCUCUACUUCAGAGAAGAGUUUUAUCAAUGGCCAAACCAGUCUUGGUAACAAACACAGAAGAAAUGAUGAUGAAUUUAAACUUCCCUAACUAUAUCAAAGUUGCUGAAUUGGGUUGUUCCUCGGGGCAAAACACGUUUUUGGCUAUCUCUGAGAUCAUCAACACCAUCAAUGUGUUGUGCCAAAACUCGAAUCAAAACCCUCCAGAAAUCGACUGUUGUCUCAAUGAUCUUCCAGAAAACGAUUUCAACACAACGUUCAAGUUCGUGCCCUUCUUCAACAAGGAGAUCAUGAUGACAAACCAAGCAUCGUGUUUCGUCUAUGGAGCACCAGGUUCCUUUUACUCUAGGCUCUUCUCUCGCAAUAGCCUCCAUUUUAUACACUCCUCAUACGCUCUCCAUUGGCUCUCUAAGGUUCCAGAAAAUCUCGAAAAUAAUAAGGAAAAUGUGUACAUAUCAAACUCAAGUCCUCAAAGUGCAUACAAAGCUUACUUGAAUCAGUUUCAACGAGAUUUCUCAAUGUUUCUAACGUUACGUUCUGAAGAAAUUGUCUCUAAUGGACGGAUGGUUCUUACCUUCAUCGGUAGAAACACUCUUAACAGUGAUCAAUUUUAUAGAGAUUGUUGUCACGUUUGGACACUGCUAUCAAAAUCUCUCGGUGACCUAGUCUUCGAGGGCCUAGUGAGUAAACCAAAACUGGAUGCAUUCAACAUGCCAUUUUAUGAUCCGAACGAGCAAGAACUCAAAGAAGUGAUACAAAACGAAGGUUCUUUUGAAAUCAAUGACUUAGAAACACAUGGAUUUGAUCUUGGCCAUAGUAACUGCGACAACAACGAAGAAUAUAACUAUGAAGCGGGAUACAAUGAAGCCAAAUCUAUAAGAGCCGUUACUGAACCAAUGCUUAUUGCUCAUUUUGGAGAAGAUGUUAUCGAUAUCUUGUUUGAUAAGUAUGCUCGCCAUGUGACACAACACGCGAGCUGCAGAAACAAAACGAGUGUCACUCUUGUCGUUGCGUUGACUAAGAAAUAAUCAGCUUCUGCUUUAAUAUAGUUGCUUGUUUAUUUACUUAAGAUUUACUGUCGUUUCUCUUCCAGCUAAUAAAUUCUAAGACUUGCCCCUCAUGUGAUGAUAUGAUGCUUGUCCUGGAAAAUGGAUUGUUAUUGUAAUUGUAAUAUGUAAUAUAUGUUCUAUGUGUAAUAAUCAUCAAUGAUAAAAUGCAUGGUCAAUUUGGUAAAACAAUAAUACUUAUGUUUCCACAUUAAAAAUAGUUUUAGGAGUUUUUCCAUAAGAGAAUAUUAUUUAUUAGGUUUUAAAAUUUUGAAGUCUUAUAAACACAAAAAAAGAACUAUG